AAUGGUUGUCCUGGAUGCAAAUGGAACAGAAAGGAUACAUCUACAGAAUCCAAAGACCAGAGGAUUAUAGGACAUGAAGAACAUGGCAAAUACUGGUGAUUCAGUACGCUUUACCAUGGCUGGAUCAGUCCAUGAUAGUAGUCAACAAGCUAGCCACAGCCACUCACACUCCAAUGAGCAUGGCCACACACAUGAAGUGAUGGAUUCUGCUGGCAAAUUCACCCACAGAGAGCGUCCUCUCUGUCGUACUGACUGGGAAAAGAGAGCUUUCACUGUUGGUAUAGGUGGACCGGUUGGAUCAGGAAAGACUGCUCUUUUGCUUGCUCUGUGCAAGCAUCUUCGUGAUGAGCACUCUCUGUGUGUCAUUACCAAUGACAUAUUUACUCGUGAGGACUGGGAGUUCCUGGUGCGAAACGAAGCUCUAGCGGAGGAGAGGAUGAGAGCCGUGGAGACGGGAGGAUGCCCGCAUGCUGCUAUCCGUGAGGAUUUUUCGCUUAACAUGGCGAUUGCGAAAGAGCUGAGCAAGAAGUUUAUGCCAGAAGUGCUGUUUAUCGAAUCGGGCGGAGACAACCUUGCUGCCAACUACAGCAGAGAGCUAGCAGAUUACAUCAUCUAUGUCAUUGACGUCGCAGGAGGCGACAAGAUUCCGCGCAAAGAGGUCCAGGCAUAACACCAAAGUGACGCUGCUCGUUAUCAAUAAAAACUGACUUGCAGAAGCUGUAGGUGCAGACUUGAAG